UGCUUUUCUGGUGCAGGAAGAAUGCCAUCGCCACGGGGAUUCACGACACCGCGAGCCGCCAAUGGCUUCCGGACGCCGCAGCAUGAAGCCGCCGCGAGCGAUGAUAGCGAGACUCCCAUGAGGAUUGGCGGAGGGAGAGGCCAGAACGGUGACAAUGUGAGUCUGGCAGCCACUUCUCCGGCGGUGUCUAACUUCGCCGGCGCCAGUCCUUUCUACGGUGGAAAUGUGGACAUCCAAGGCAUCGACUUGAGUUCACCGCUCAACUACGGAACGCCCAGCUCUCUGGGCUCAAUCCGUACGCCCGGCAUCAGGGGCACUCCGAUCAGGUCUCGCCCGGACAUCCGCACCAAUCGCUACAUGCGCCAAGUGAACGUGGGUGGAGGAGAAGGCGUUGAGCCUCUGUCGCAGGAAGGCAGUGAUGUGGCAACGGAAUCUCAUGCCGGUGGUCCGCAAUUUGUGAUCUGGGGCACUAAUGUGGUGGUGGUGGAGUGCAAGAAGAAGUUCACGCGCUUCGUGAUGCGAUUCAUCGAUCCGGACGCAGACCAGGAUGAGAUAAGCGAUGGAAUGAAUCUCAAUGAGCCGCUCUACAUGCAGAAACUCGAGGAGAUCCACACGCUGGAGGAGCCCUUCCUCAACGUCAACUGUGCUCAUCUUAAGGCUUUUGACGAACAGCUCUAUCGCCAGUUGAUUUGUUAUCCUCAGGAAGUUAUCCCGGCCUUUGACAUGGCCAUCAAUGAGAUGUUCUUCGAGCGCUUCCCAGCCGCCGUGCUUGAGCAUCAGAUCCAAGUGAGACCCUUCAAUGCGGACAAAACAAGGAACAUGCGGGCGCUAAAUCCUGAGGACAUUGACCAGUUGAUCACGGUCCAUGGAAUGGUGAUCAGGGUGAGCAACAUCAUUCCAGAAAUGAGGGAGGCGUUCUUUAGGUGCCUAGUGUGUUCCUUCACGACUUCGGUGGAGAUCGACCGCGGCAGGAUUGCUGAGCCGAAUCUGUGUUCCAAUUGCAACACUAAUCACUGCUUCCAGAUCAUCCAUAAUCGCUCGCAGUACACGGACAAGCAGUUGGUGAAGCUACAGGAGUCUCCAGACGACAUGGCGGCUGGGCAGACGCCUCAUAAUCUACUCUUGUUCGCGCACAAUGACCUGGUGGACAAAGUUCAUCCAGGAGAUCGCGUCACCAUCACGGGAAUCUAUCGGGCUAUUCCAGUGCAGCCGAAUCCGCGCCAGAGAUCGGUGAAAUCCGUGUACAGAACGCACAUAGACGUCGUGCACUUCCGCAAGGUGGAUGUGAAACGACUGUAUGAGUCCGAGGAAGGCAAGGAGCACAUCUUCCCGCCAGAGCGCGUGGAACUACUGAGGAUGCUGUCGCAGAAGCCCGAUGUCUAUGACCGCCUGGCCAGAGCCAUAGCGCCGUCGAUCUAUGAGAACAGUGACAUCAAGAAGGGGAUUCUGCUGCAGCUUUUCGGUGGAACCAAGAAGACUCACAGCAGCGCCGGACGGCAGAACUUCCGCUCUGACAUCCACAUUCUUCUGUGCGGCGAUCCAGGCACUUCCAAGUCGCAGCUACUACAGUACGUGUACAAUCUGGUGCCCCGGUCGCAGUACACAUCUGGAAAGGGCUCCUCGGCUGUGGGUCUGACGGCCUACGUCACCAAGGACCCGGAGACUAGACAGCUGGUCCUGCAAACGGGCGCUCUCGUGCUAUCCGACAAUGGAGUGUGCUGCAUCGAUGAGUUUGACAAGAUGAACGACUCCACCAGGAGCAUCUUGCACGAGGUGAUGGAGCAGCAGACGCUGAGCAUUGCGAAGGCGGGCAUCAUUUGCCAGCUGAACGCCAGGACGUCCGUUCUGGCCGCGGCCAAUCCAUCAGAGUCGCAGUGGAACAAGAACAAGACAAUAAUCGAGAAUGUUCAGCUGCCGCACACGCUUCUGUCGCGCUUCGAUCUCAUCUUCCUGAUCCUCGAUCCGCAGGAUGAGCUCUUCGACCGGCGCCUGGCCACCCAUCUCGUCUCUCUCUACUACGCCACGAACCAGGAUGAGGAGGACACGCUGUUCGACAUGAGCAUCCUGCGAGACUAUCUCGCCUUCGCCAAAGAGCACGUCCAUCCUGUGCUAUCAGAGGAGGCGCAACAGCGCCUCAUCCACGUGUACGUGGACAUGAGGAAGAUCGGCUCUGGCCGCGGGCAGAUCAGCGCCUAUCCUAGGCAGCUAGAGAGCUUGAUUCGUCUGGCGGAGGCACACGCAAAGGUGCGCCUGAGCCAGCGAGUGGAGGUGCAGGACGUGGAGGAGGCCUGGCGACUCCACCGAGAGGCGCUCAAGCAAUCCGCCACGGAUCCGCUGUCGGGUAAGAUCGACGUGGGCAUCCUCACCACAGGUCUGUCAAGCGCCGCGAGGAAGAAGCGCACAGAGCUGGUGUUCAGCAUCAAGGAGGCGCUGAAGAAGAAGGGCGGAGUGCCGACUGUGCCCUACCAAAAGCUCUUCACCGACCUUCGCGAGGCUUCUCAGAUCCUCAUAACGAGGGAACAGUUCGAGGACGCGCUGAAGGAGUUGCAAGACGAGGGCGUAGUUGUAGUUGUUGGCAAGAACACCAUCAGAAUCUGCUAACUUUCUCAUCGCAUCUUAUGUAUUUCUUGCGAGUUUUGUUUUCUUUUGCUGGUCGGCAGUGUCCAAUAAGUCCCUUUUUGUACGUGAAUAACAAAGAUGUUUCAAA